AUGGAAGUACAAAGCAUUCUGAAAACAUCUGGAUUCAUUCUUUUGGAAACAGUUGGAAUUCCAGGAAACCUAACAGUUAUGUUUACUUUUCUGAUUAUUAAGUUAUAUAGUAACAAAUUUAUGAUGACUGAUAUUAUUCUGACAAACCUAGCUUUUGUGAACUUACUGGCUGUUAUUUCACGUUGUAUCCCAAUAACUGUUACCGAUUUUGAGGGCCUGACAAUAUUUAAUGACAAUUCCUGCCGGCUCUCUGUGUAUACCUAUCGUGUCAGUAGAGGAACGUCAGUAUGUCUAACGUCACUCCUUAGCUGUUAUCAGUUCUUAAUCAUUACAUCUAACAGUCGGUGGGUUGCAUUAAAGCAAAUUAUGGCCAGAAGUCUCUGUCCUGUAAUUCUAUGCCUUUGGGGUUUAAACUUGUUUCUCUACUCUUGGACAAUACCCAUUAUAUUUGCUAAGUUAAAAUCCAAUUCAACAGAAUAUACUCUUAAUUUAAAAUUCUGUUUUGUUGUCUUUCAAAGCUAUUUCUCAUACACAGGAAAUGGUCUGCUUUACAUUGUACAUGUUUUUUCAUUUGUAGGUCUGAUGGUUCUUGCAAGUGGUAGCAUUAUUUCUGUUUUACACCAACACAAAAUGCAGGUAGAAAAUAUUAGAACAUCCAGCAGAAAUAGAAGCAUGGCUGAAAUCAAAGCAACUAAAGCUGUUCUUUUACUGGUUGCUCUUUAUGUUAUCUUAUUUGGUUUAGACAAUUUCUUUUGGAUUUAUUCUCUGACCAUUCCAAGGGCACCUAGCAUAAUAUCAGAUGCUCGGGUAUUCUAUGCUUCAUGUUACUCCAGUCUAAGUCCUGUAGUAAUAAUCAGCACUAACAAGAGAAUCAGGAAGAAACUGAAAUAUGCAAUUCAGAGUCAUUGGUCAGAAAAAAACAAUGUUUCACGUGGAAAUUGA